UAUUCCCCUACUCGCUUUGACGCGUUGAAAGGGCUUUGUCUUGCAUGCACCUCUCUUAACCUACGCACCCUACGCGCUCUCUAUCCUACGCCACCCUUCUCUGCUCUUUAUACUAUGUAGAGGCCAGUUUUCAAUAGCCUUUUCUGCUGUCAAUCGCAGAAACAAGCAAGACAGGAUCGCUUUUCGGACAAGCGAAAAUAUCUCUCUCUCUCUCUCUCUCUGAUUUCUAGGGUUUUUUUUUUUAAUUAUUAUUUUUCACGUUUGAGAGAGAGAGAGAGAGAGGAGAGAGAGAGAUCGCGCGUGCUGCUUCCGUCGUCUUCUUCCUCGUUCGUAUUUCGAUGGUGUUUUCGCAGUUUUAGGCAUUUGUAGAUUUUUAGGGGGGCGGAGGGGUAUUGUGAGAGUUCUUUUUAAUGAUUAUCAGUGCAUUUUGGGGGUGUGUUGUAGAAAUUUUGGGCUGUUUUGGGGUUUUUUAGUAAGAUUGUUUGAUGAAGGGGCGUUCUUGAUGAGGUUAUUAGGGGUAUUUUGGUCACGCUUUGAAAUGUCGGAGCUGCUUGUGGAGAGGAAUGGUGCUUGUUGGGGGGUUUUUGGAGGUUGUUCUGAUUCUUUGAGAGUUAUGGAGGGGUAUUUCUUUUAUGAUGAAGCCCAAUAAGGGUAUUUUGGGUACAUUUCGAAUUUUGUUUUCUGCACGACUGAAGCAUUUGGGAGGAUUUUCGGGAGUUUCUUAUGGGGUAUUUGGGUACUCUCGAGGGGUAUUUUGGGAAUUUUAUUUUUCAGUGCUAGAACUUGUUUCGUAGAUGACGAAGCCCAGUAGGGGUAUUUUUGGAGCUUUCAUGAUUGCAGCAGUCCGGGAGGUUUCUUGGAGUGGUUGUGUUUGCAUUAUUUGAAAAAAAAAAUAAUCAGGGGUAAUUUGGGCAGUCUUUGCUCUUUCAGAGCCUCCUACUGAUACAAGCAGUGGAUUUGCGAGGGCAUUUUUGGGAAUUUGUGGAACAUUUUCUUCCGAAAGAUGGGGGCAUUUUCGGAACUUAGUAGUAGGAUUUCAGCUCAUUUUAAGCGUUUCUCAGAUCUUCACAUCAGAAACUGAGGGCAUUUUCGGAAGUUUUCUCCCCCUCCGAUCAAAGGCCGCAUUUAUUCUGAGGAAUUUGGGGAUUUCCAGUGUUUUUUUUUUUUUUUUUUUUUAAAAAUAAUAAUUUCUCAGAAAGUUCAAAUGAACGAUCAGCCGGUCUCGACGUUGGCGAUUGCGGAGAAGCGGCCGCAGCGGCCUGGUGGCUGUGUCGGCAUCUUCUUCCAGCUCUUCGACUGGAACCGUCGGAUGGCGAAGAAGAAGCUUUUCUCCAAGAAAUUGCUCCCUCCAGUCCGUGCCAAACGCCUUUCGAAGAGGUUCGACGGCGAUGAGAAAUUGCCCACAUCCAAGCUCCUUCUGAUUGCUGAUGAAAACCGGGGGGGUUUUCCAAAUGCAAAGAAAGCUGAUGUUGACGGCCUCUGCUCUUCAAAUGAUCCUGAGCGAAACACUGGAAUGCGGACACCUGGUUUGGUGGCUCGGCUGAUGGGUCUGGAAUCUAUGCCGGCAGUCCGCCGUGACAAACCUAAGAAACCUUCUGUUCCUGAGUUUUACAAUGAUCAGGAAAAGAAAUCCACAAUACACGAUAAUCAUGGGAAAACCCCUGAUUUGUAUUACUACAACCAAGAUUCGAAUUCAGAGAAGGGACAGGCAAAGGCGGACUCAAGACCUCAGAAGCUGCAGAAGACAGGGUUCUUUGAUAGACGGCCUGUCACGAAGUUUGGAGCUGAGGCGUUGCAGUUCAAGAGUGUCUUGUCCCGUUCGAGGAAACAGCACCACCACAAGCUUGCUUCUCCACUCAAGAGCCCGAGGAUUCUUUCUGGGAGAAAUGCAGCCCGGUUGAUGGAGGCUGCCACGAAGAUAUUGGAGCCUGGGUUGCAAGCAACAAACAGGGCCAAAUGCUCACUUACUUAUUCGGGCUCUCCUCAUCUCACUAUGGAACAUCGAGCAUCGGUAGAAGGGACUGAUGCUUCAUUCUUGAAGCAAUCUAGGCAACCUACAUAUCCCUUUGGUGCCAAGUCCUUGAAGGUGCAAUCUUCAUGCAACAGCUGUGGUAAUUUACUAGACCUCGUGGAUUCGUGGUCGAGAGUCGAGGAACGAGUUCCUGAUUUUGCAUCUUCUGCUUCAGAUUUCAGUAAUACUUCUUCUCAUGGGUCAGGAAAGAGUAAGGUGGAACCAUCUGAAGUUUCCAUUGAGCAAGAAAGAGAUGCGGACAGUGGGAGGUCUGUUUUUGGGAAAGGUCAGGAAGAAGCAGUGUCCCUUGCCAGUCAAGCAAAGGCCAAUGUGCAGAGAAGUACCCAAAAUAUUGUGGAUAGGAAGCUUCAUAUUCGAGAGGAUCGAAAUCAGUCCAUGCCAAGCCGGCAAUGCAAGCCUGAACGGGCUGUCCCUUCGAAUGCACUGAAGCAGAAUAAUCAGAGGCAAAAUCAGAUGCUGGUAGUUAAGGAUAAGGUGGCCCACAAACCCAAAUCAUGUAGUAGACAGAUCAGAAGCGACCCAGCUUCCAAUGCAUAUGGCCGGGCUAAAGACUAUGUUGCUUUGAACAAAAACCUGAGCAAUCUCAACAAUCGAACAAGGCUCCCUGCUAAAGUAUUGGAUAAUUGUAGAAUGGAUAUGGAGAGGAAUGCUUGCAGCAAGAGGGAUGAUUCCUCGUCGAGGGUGAAGACCUUGGCUCGGAAAAGAAGGCCGAUCACUAGCAAUCCAACGGUUGAGAAUACAGGUUUCAUCAACUCUAAUUUUGGAAAGCAACAGAGUGUUAGAAGUGACGUAAGUAGAAUAAAUGGGGUGGGAUUCAAUGGGCAUGCUGUGAAUCGAAGCAGUGUGAAAACUGGGUCCUGGAAACUAAUGGAAGGCAAUGGCUCCAGCAGCAGUAUGGAUGCUGAUAUUGUUUCUUUUGCGUUUAGUUCACCAAUGAGGCAUGAUAAUACUCGGUCUCUCUCCUCCGCAGAAUUGGAGAAGAGACCGGGUGGAGGUGAGGUCCAGAGUAAUGUGAUAUCAGAAACAAAGAAUGGAAAUUUGUCGUCUCUAAGAGCAUCUGAUUUCAAAGGGGAUGCUCUAGGCGCACUUUUGGAAGAGAAAUUAAGGGAGUUGACUUGUUCAGACAGGGAUGAGAUGGAAACGUGUGAUUCUCAUGCGGGAAGAUCCACUGCUUCCAUUCUUCAAGAGUUGAUAUCCGCACUAAGUAUGGUGAAGCCUAUAUCUGAAGGAAAUGGAAACAACUGUUCAGACAGCUUGAGCUCAAAGGAUAGCUUGUGCAAUGGUAGUCCAGACCAAACCUUCUUCGUCCCCAACCACGGUCAGGUGUUCGAUACGAACAGAAAGUUGAAGACUGAAGCUGAGGUGGCGGUUUCUGCCCAGUUUCCACUUGCCCCUGACAGUGAUCAUCCUAGUCCAACCUCAAUUCUCGAGGCCUCUUUUUCAAAUGACUGUUGCUUUUCCGGGAGUCUUGAUGGUAGCUCAGGACACAAGCUACACCACACAUCCAUGGGCCGCUCGCAUGACCUAACACAACCGGCAUAUCGUGACUCCGAACUUUCAGACUCGGCAACUUCAACGGAUGCAGGAGCGGCCAAAACUAAGAAGAUUGCUUCCUGCAUUGAUAAAGUUUCCAGGGUUUUCAGUCUCGAACCUGCCAAAAAUGGACUAACGGGAAGCAUGCUCAACUAUGCAAGGGAUGUUAUUUCAUGUGCCGAACUGCUGUUUGAAAACCUUGCUCUAUAUGAUGCAGAUGGCAUGGGUGAUUCUGUCAUAGAAACUCUUGCUUCUGAUCUUUGGAGGAGCCACGAAUGUGGUUUGGAAUUCACAGAUGCCAAAGAGGGAGGCCUGCUUAGGAGGUUUCUCUUUGACUGCAUGAUAGAGUGCUUGGAUUCAAAAUAUAGCCAGUACUGUAAUUUGGGUUUUCGGGCAUGGUCUAAACUGCCUUUGUUCCUGAGUAGACACGGGUUGGCAGAACAGGUGCACGAAGAGAUCGGACAAUGGAGAUACUUGGGUGCUAAUAUUCUGGAUGAGAUUGUAGAGAGGGAGAUGAACCACUCCAUGCGGAAAUGGGCAGAUUUCAAGGUGGAAACAUUCGAAGUGGGCAGGGAAAUUGAGGGCGACAUUCUUCAGAUAUUGCUUGAUGAAGUAGUGUUGGAUCUUUGGCAAUGCUAUUGAGUCUGCAUUUAUCACUUUAAUGUGGUUACUUGGUUUUCUUUUGCAUGAAACUGAAGAUCAAUUUUGAGAAGGGAACAUUUGAAAUGGGUGCAGAAACUGAUAUUGGUGAUGUUUCUCAUAUCGAAGGUGGUUAAUUGCCCAGCAUAGCUAAUCAGGCGUUCGGAUCGAAAAGCGGAUUGAUUGAUUUUGGGAUGCAAUCUUGUAAUUACACAAGUUUAUCAAUUAACCCAAGAUGGGAUUUUGUAUAAAUUUUGAUGAUGAUGAUGGGCUUUCAAAAGGGAUGGUUUUGUUGAUAUGGUCUGUUGGUUUUGUUCUCUGAUGAUCAUUGACAUUGCAUUGACAGUUGAUUGUAGCUUUUCUGAUUUAGAAAAAUCCAAGUGAUGUGGUUUGGUUAGUA